UAUAUAUUCAUUUGUAUUCUCAAAAUAGAUUUUUCUUAUUAACAGGUAUGGGAUCAACAUAUGUAAGAUGGGGACGUACAACCUGCCCGGCUGAUAAUGAAUUAGUGUACAAAGGCUAUGGCGGCGGAUCGGAUUACAGGGUGUCUGGAGGUGCAGCAAACUGGCUGUGUCUCUCGGACCAACCACAAUGGGGUUACUAUGAGGAGAGUGUGGCUUCAGGAGCGCAGGUCUAUGGAGCAGAGUACGAAUUCAGCGAUUUUCAUUAUAAUGGAGGAAGCAAAUACUUCAAGCAUAACCUAAAUGAUGAGGACGCUCCGUGUUCCCUUUGCAGAUCUGCGCGGUCCAGUGUGGCUAUGAUCCCUGGACGACUGGAAUGUUUUCCUGGAUGGACUAAGGAGUAUAGUGGUUAUCUGGUGUCUGGCGCACACGUACACACAUCGGCGUCUGAAUAUAUUUGCCUAGACAGCGACGCUGAAAUGCUUGCCGGUGGAGUGGCCAACACAGACGGACGAGUUAUCUACCUAGCAGAAGCGACCUGUGGAACGCUGAAAUGUCCGCCUUAUAUUCAGGGCCGUGAACUUACAUGUGUCGUAUGUAGCAAAUAACUUGCCAAUUAAAAUGUUGAUUGUUCUCUUA